CAGAAUCAUUUACACCCCUCACUACGAGCCGCUGAGCAUCCCUCACACACAAGCUAGCACCACUGAUGCUCACAGGACGUACUCAUUCUACCUCUUGCACUUUGUAGCUCGCACUCUCCUCUCAGACUAGCUCCUUUGAUUUCAUCACACGCGCCGGGAGAACAACACUUCCUGAAUACCUGCAUAGCGUCAUCUGCUCCCCUACCUCACCUGCCGCAUAGUCAUGGCCUCACGCUCGCGGAUCUCGCGAGCAGGUACGCUUGACAGAGAUAUGCCUUUCUCCGAGCCAGCCGGCCUCGAAGGGACGGCACUUGAUGCAGACGAUAGCGUCGGAGGAGCUUCUACUAGCGGAAAGAGGCGUAGUCGAGUAGAGAUCAAUCGACGCGUCCCACAACAGAGCUUCGCCUAUGGAGCUCCCAGCGAUGGCAAGACGAAACCCAGGAGCUCAGGAUCCAAUGGUCGGAAAAGCAUCGGGGAAGGAGCUUCACCGCCCCCUCUUCGGAGCCAGUCUCCGGACAAGUCAUCGGCAGGCCGAGAUGCGUCCGAGCCACCGGCUGACAGUACAAAGGCUGCUGCUGCUGCCCGCUACGCUGAUCUCAAAGCUCGCAAACAAUUUGGAGCAAACUCAGCCUCCAUCUCUGGUCUCAACCUGGUAAGCCAGUCGUCUCCGGCCCCAAGGAGGUCAGCUCGGCUGAGUGUUGCGUCUGGAAGUGUAGAUGCAGACGGAGCAGAAGUGAGGAGGAAAGCUAUUGCCGAGAUCGAAGAGGACUUGGCUGAAAGCAGUGGAGAGGAGGAUGAACAUGGAAACACACGCAAAUCUUCCGUACCCCCUGCGGCAAUCGCUUCGAGCAUGCCAGCUUCGAACAGCACGACAACCCUUCAUGGACGGAGCAGAGGUCCAGCUGGAGGGACGCAACUCAAUAGCUUCUUUCUGCGGGACCCGGGUCGAAGCAUAUCUCCAGCGCCAGCAGAAGAGAGGAGGGGCCAGAUGAUCACGACUUCAUCUCUGCUUCGUGGUGUGCAAAGACCAUUCCGGGAUCCACUGUCCCCUUCAAGGGGAGAUGCUGAUGCGACGAGAUCCAGUGACGCGGGAGACUCGAGAUCUUAUGCAUCAGAAGAAGCCUUUGUUCAACGGCAGGGCCAACAAGACGAUAGGGAGACAACGCCGCCAGCCAGAAGUCUGAAUUGGCUGCAGAAUCUCAGUCCUUGGCGUAGAGGCAUCGCCGCAAGCAAUGGGCCGAAUGGCCACGUUGCUGACAAUGCGCAAGGGAUGGACGCAUCAUCACACGCCGCUCGUCGGAAGCCAAGAUCGUCUCAAGACAAGACAUAUCACCCUCCCAAGGACGGUGAAGAAGAUGACGAGUCAAGCGAGGACGGAGAUGGUAGCAGGAGCAAGCGGUCGAGGAGAAGGAAGAGCGACGACAAGGGUCACAGCGCCAGGGGAGGAAGGGAUGACAACAAGAUUUGGUCCUCGACCAAGACGAAGCGCUCAAGGAGAGGUCGCAAUGGCGUCGUGGACGAAGAAGGGGAUUCGACCCUCGAGGGCAUACAUGGGCACGAUUCAGACGUGGAGCAUGAGGGAGAACGGGGGGCCAGGAACGACCAAAGCGGCCACCUGGGCCAGUCGACAGCUUUCCGCAACCUAGCAUCGUUGCAUCGAUCAAUUCCUCCGGCUGCAUACAAGUACGGAAGUCUUCUUCUGGCUGGUCUACUGUUGGCUAGUGCGUUGGCCCCAUCCGACGGGACCUCGCACCAGUCGAUGCGGCUGCCCCUCUUCGGUCGGCGCAGCACUUACACGCCUCCAAGUCGCGCCCCAACGGACUUUGAGAGCUUCGUCUCUCGUUUGGUCUCCCUUGAGUCUACCGUCGGAGCUCUGAGCUCAAAGUCAGUCUCGCUAGCUCAUUCUCACGAGCAGAUGUCGUUGCGCAUUUCAGCCCUCGAGCUCAGUUCAAGAGAGGUCAAGGCCCUGCUGAAUAAAGUAGACGUCACGGAGGGAAAGACAAGUGGACUGACUGAGAGGCUGAAGACGUUGGAAGACGUGGGGAGGCAAUUGCAGAGCCAACUGGAUAAAGUUGAGCGGAUUGCGGCAAAUGCCCCCCAGGCACAGGAGAAGGCGCAAGCGGAGUACCAGAGCAGAGUCGACAAGCGGCUUCAGGCUCUGCAGGUGGAGCUGAAGAGGAACCAAGACGAGAUGGCCAAAGUCAAAGCCAGUGCGAGCCAAGCUGAGAGCGUAGCUGAGAAGGCACGAGACGCUCUCAAGCCACUCCUUGAGGCUAAUCUGCCUGCGCAGAUGCCUGUUCGGCUGGACAAGAAGACUGGCAAACCGACAAUCGAGCCUUGGUUCUACGAGUCACUCAAGAGCGUCAUCGGUCAAGGAGGCGGCUCAGGAGCCGGUGAAGCUGCUGUGCCUUCGUGGGAGAAUUUCAAGAACGAGAACGAAGACGCCCUUCGUGCGCUCAUCAGCUCAGAGAGUGGCAAGCUGCUGGCACACCAGAGGAGCGCGGCGGGUGGACAUGCGAUCAUAUCCAGAUCUGACUUCCUGCAGGUCUUGCAGUCCGAGAUCGAGGGCAUCAAAGCCACACUGGAGGAGACGUUCAAUCGCAAUGCCCAGGAGAUGCAGAAUGACAUUCUCGGAAAGGUCCGAAGUCAGCAAGCCCUGUUCGAAGAGUCGGGCAGCUGGUCCAAGAGUCGAGGUCCUUCGCAGCAGCAACAGCAGCGAGGAGCUUCUGCAUUGCCGUCCUCAGUCGAUCUGUCUUUGUUGCAGACCAAGGAUGGGUCUGAUCCAACGGCCUCUAUCCUUGCUCUCAUCGAGACUGCUCUUGAGACGUACUCUUCCGACCGUAUUAACAGGGCCGACUACGCCCUCUACUCCGCUGGCGGUAGGAUCAUCCCUUCGAUGACGUCUCCUUCUCUACAAUUCUCCUCUCCCGGCAGCGUACAACGAUCCUCCUGGCUCUCCUGGGUGCCCGGCAUGGGUUCCAGUAGCACGACGGAGCAUUUGCGCUCCCGCUCUCCAGUCGUAGCGCUUCACCACGACAACAGUCCGGGGAUGUGCUGGCCCUUUGAAGGACAGACGGGCCAGCUGGGCAUUCACCUUGCUCAGCCAGUCCUGGUCACCGAUAUCACCCUGGAACAUCCACACGCCUCGCUCCUCUUUGGUGACAACUCGGCCGCUCCCAAGGAAGUCACCGUCUCUGCCCUCGUAGAGCGCGCAGAAGAUCAACGCAAGCUAGCCGCCUGGCGCCGGCGCGUCGCACAGGAAGCAGCAAAACGACGGUCAUCCCAAGGUGAUGAGGAGGAGGAAGAAGGCGAGGAGCUCGAGAUGUUCGAGCCGUCUACCUCGAGCAACCAUCUCCACUUGGCCACAUUCGCCUACGAUGCCACCUCUACACGCACCUUGCAGACCUUUCCCGUCUCGGCCGAGGCGCGUGCGCUGGCAAUUCCGGUGAGCGUGCUGCAGGUGAGGGUGCUGAGCAAUCAUGGAAAUCAGAGGUACACGUGUCUUUAUAGGGUUCGAGUGCAUGGAGAGGGUGUCAAGAGGUCGGAAGAGGGGGGUGACUGAGAGAGAGGGGUGGGGAGGGG